AUGGCGCCUACUAUCCACCUCGUUCGUCACGCUCAAGGCGUCCACAAUCUACCCAACGGUGAUGACAUUCCAGACCCUGACCUGACUCCCCUUGGCGAAGAACAGUGUGCUUCGCUACGCGAAAAGUUCCCUUACCACGACAAGAUUACCAAGCUCUUUGCUUCGCCUAUGCGUCGCACGAUUUACACCUGUUUCCUCGCCUUUGGCACCACGGAGCUCAAUCCAAUCAUCCCUUUGCCUGUCCUGCAGGAGGUUUCUGCCCUACCUUGCGAUACUGGAUCUUCAGUGGCCACAGUGCAGGCUGAGUUCGCAGGUAUCGCUGAUUACUCCCAGGUAGAAGAGAAAUGGACCGAUAAGGGCCCUGAGAGCGAGUACUAUCCUACGAUCGAGAAGCUCGAAGUCCGCGGCCGGAAAGCUAGAAAUGUUCUAAGGGAUCUUGUGAGUGGUGAUGAGCACAUUGUUGUUGUGUCUCACGGAGGAUUCUUGCACCUCUUGACCGAUGACUGGUAUGGUGUGCCAGAAGGACAACCCAACUCCUGGUCAAACUGUGAGUUCCGAUCGUACCAGUUUGUUGAUCCUACAGGCAAGGAUGAGGAUGCUGCGAUGUUUGAGACUGCGGAAAGCUGGCGUCGACGUUGGGGCGAUGCAAAGCCUCCUACUGCAGAAGAAUCCCGCCGAGUGAAGCCUAUUGCCCAAAAGGGCAUGAUGCCUAUCUGGGGCAUCAUUAUGCCCAACUAA